UCCCGACGUUGGCCGAAAACCUGGAAACAAAAUGGAGUUGACAGGCUUGAUAUGUGAAAUGUCUCUUUGUCGAUUGUGCGGUGAGGAAAAUGUGAACGGGACGGAAUUGUUUCCAACAAGAGAAAACGAGCCGGAUUUAAGUGAACUUGUUAACAAAUAUUUACCGUUGAAGAUCGAGAAUGACCGAAAGUUUCCAACGAAAAUCUGCCCGGGCUGCAACAUUCAGCUGGAAGCGACCAAAUCGUUCAUGGACCUGAUAGUCCAAGGCCAAAUUAAGCUGAGACAGCUGUAUAAAUUGCAACAAGACAAGUUGAACCGGCAGGAAAAGCAAAGAUUGCAACUAGAAGAGGCGUUGAAAAGUGUUAAUCCCAACUCCAGCGUCGAUACUUACACCAUUCAGUCGGAUGAGACUGGAGAGAAAUUUCUAAUACAAAUUUUUUCACACGGACCUUUGUUUCCUCCCGAACACGAAUUAUCAUUAAAGGCCGAAGGCCUCACUAGACCUCGAAGAAAACGUGGUAGACCCCCAAAACCGCCUAAUAAAGAAGACCAAUCCUUAAAAACAAACGACAAAGAUAUUUGUAAAGUUGAAGAAAAAUUGGAGCAAUUUGAAGAAGCCACAGAAGACGGGAAAAGAAAACGAAGAAUUAAGGUCCCCACCCGAUACUCUGAAGCGAUUCAAGGGAAGGAAUUGGAUAAAGUGUUUAAACAAGAGGGUGUUAUAGACGAAGAAUCGGUCUCAGACGAGGACGAUCCGAUUUUAGACGAAGGCGAAGGCUCAAAUAAGGUUGAGGAAGUAAUAGGACGUCUGGAGACCGAAAACGGUGAAGAUUUAGGCCAACCAGUCAUAAUAAAUAAGACUUUGAAUAAAACACGUCCUAGAAAUAAAAGUAUAGCAGGCCAGUCAAAACGUCGACGAAAAUACCAAUGUGAGAUUUGCGGACGCGAAUUUUUACACCAUGGGAGGUACGAAUUGCAUAAAAAAAUGCACGAGGUGGAGUACAGCUGCACCCAAGAAAAGUGUACUUUUGUGACCGAUCAAAAGCCGCUUCUGGAGCAACACCAGGAGGAAAAUGGUCAUUCUGGUCACACAGUUUCGGAAAAAGUUGAUAAAUAUGGAACUCUCCAGCUGCCCACCGACCUCAAACCCCUCCAAGCACCAAACCCCGAUCAGCCGCCCCCAGCCCCCGCCCCCAAAAAGGAGUUCACGUGCGAGCAAUGCCUCAAGCCCUUCUCCUGCAAACAAAACUACGAAGUACACCUCAAGGCCGUCCAUGCCGGUGAGCGCCCCUUCGCUUGCGAACUCUGCAACAAGCGCUUUUCGUACGCCAACAGCCUCAAAGUCCACCUUCUGCAACACUUCCCCAAAACAGGUCCCGACGACGACUCCAGCGCCCAGUACAAGUGCCCCUCAUGCCCUAAGAGCUUCCGGCAUCCGAGCAGUCUGCAGUACCACCGCGACUCGGAGCACACCAACGGACGCCGCUUCGUCUGCAACAAGUGCGACAAGCCGUUCAAGCAUCGCCAGCUGCUGCAGCGCCACCAGCUGGUGCACUCCGACGAGCGCCCGCAUCGAUGCUCGCAGUGCAAUUCGGCGUUCAAAACGCGCGCUAAUCUCAUCCACCACACGAGGACGGUGCAUUCGGGACAACGCAGUCAUUGGUGCUCGCAGUGCGAUAAGGCCUUUGCGCACAAAACCGCACUCAAGUUGCACCAGAGGUGGCAUUCGGGGGUAAGGCCCUACCAGUGCGAGUUCUGCAAGAAAUCCUUCUCACAGAAGGGGAAUUUGGCAGAGCACAGGAGAAUACACACUGGGGAAAAACCCUACCAGUGUGACCAUUGUGGAAGGGCGUUCACCACCUCAUCGCAGUUUAGACUUCACAAGAAACGACAUUUGGAUGAGAGACCACAUAGGUGCGAGUUUUGUCAAAAGAGUUUUCUACAUAAGGUCACUUUGAGGUGUCACAUGAGACGGCAUUUUGAUGAGAGGCCUUUCAAGUGUCAGCAAUGCCCCAAAACGUUCCCUGAAGCUUGGGCUUUGAAAAAACACGAGAGACUACACACCGGGGAAAAACCCUACAAGUGUGACUUGUGCUCCAAAGCCUUCGCGGACAGCUCGAACUUGGCCAAACAUCGACGGACUCACAGAAAUUUGAAAGACAAACAGAUGCUCUUUGUAACCUAUGAAAAAGACGGAGGUGAGGCGAUUGUUACGUAUAUAGAACCACAAGAUACAGUAGUCGAAACAAACGAAAUAAUAAACGUUGCUGAAGAAAUUGACGAUUUGAAAACAAUACAAUUGCAACAACUUGUGGACCAGGAAGGUAACCCAAUUAGUUUUAUAACGCAAGAUGGGCAACAGGUUAAGGUUGUGGCAAGUAGCGAAGAUGGGCAAGAAAAUAUCCAAGGGUUACUCCCUGAUGGUACGUUGGUACCAAUUAGUUUGACAACGGUACCAGAAAAAACUAAACCAAUAGUAACGCAAAUCGAGGAGACACAAAAGAUAGAUGUGCCAAUUGAGGGCCAGUUAUUAGGAAGCAACAUCCAAUUCCUCUCCGAUGAUGACCCAAAAGUGGACAAUAAUAUUCAAUUCGUAGCUGAAGAUAAUCAAAACAUGUGCUUAGUGACAACUUACAACAUUGAAGAUUCUAUAAAUCCGCAAUAUCUUAGUAUGCCCUAAGGAGCAAACCUGAAAUUUAUGUGUGUAUUUUAUAUGUAUAUUAGGAGCCUGUAUAAUUUAUUUUGAAGAUGUAUAUUUAUUACACAA